CGGAAGAGCAGUAAAAAAUCAACCUCGCAGUCGCAGCAAGGAGAGCAAGCAGAUGGCAAGCGAGUGUCCUCGAAAGAGGGCGCGGCUAUCAAGCGCCAGCUCAGUGGGGAACAACAAAUAAAUAAAUCCAAUUCCAAGGACAAACUCAAACUAAAGGACAAAGGUACUGGUAGUGUGAAGAAGAAGAAAAGCGAAAUUGACGUCGCUACUUCUCCCGACGCCGGAAACGUUUCUGCCUCUGUCGCGGCGCGAGCAAGUGCAGCAGCCACAAUAGCUCGGGCGAGCGCAGCAGCAGCCGCAGCCAUGCCGAUGCCGUCGCCUUCCUCGAGCAGGAACGAAAAUAAAUCGUCCGGAGUGAAAAGUAGUUCCGGGAAUAAUGUUUUCAAAACCGAAGGCGAAGGGAUGAACACAAACAUCAAUAACCCUCCUCCUCCACCGCCUUCGAAGCAGCUACCGUUGCCGCCGCAAGUGUCCGGCACGGCGGUGGCAGCACGCGGGGAACGCAUCAAGAACCCGGAGGGUGAGUCUACGUCAACCAGCGAGGACGAGAGAAAGGCGCCGUUGACGAAAAAGCAGAAGAGUUUUAAUAAUCGGUCAGACACGAAAAAUACUAGUACAACAAAUAACCCAGCUUUUGGUGGUGAGGUCAAAGUAAACGAUUUUUAUGCUGCAGCAUCUGCAAUCAAUGCGGCGUCCAGGUUCGAAGUAUCCAUUUCAACAAGCGGCAUUAGUAUGAUCCCACCGCCGUCUGCAGCUGGCGGAAAAAAUGACUUGCCAACAAAUUAUAGCCCGGCGUCUAAGAGUAGCAGUGGUACAAGCGGUCCUGGUCCUUCUUCGGUGCAAGUCUUUCCGUCCAAGACAAUGUCCUCGAGUGUAGCAGCUGCAAAUAAAAGCCAGAAGCAAUCAACAGCUGCCCAAAAUAAAGCUCCUUCCCCGCCACCGUCGGUGUUACAAUCGCAGGCAAAGGGGCAAGAGUUAAACUCGCUGCAGCAGAAGAUCUUUUUUGGGGUGGGGAGAACGAAAGAGAUCGAGGACGAAGCUGGAGAUGAAGACCCAGAAGUGUGAGAUAGAUGAAACUGCUGGUGUUUUUACACCAAAAAAACACUCUACGACGUACAAAGAAAUCAGAGGUGGAACAAAACAUCUUCAUUGCACGACGACGACCAAAAUUCAGGAAUAAGAUUUUUCGAGAUCUGUUGUGUGUACCAAAACCAUGACCAAUGUGAGCUUUUUAGUUUUAUUUUAUUCCAACAUGCAUCACUUUUUAUUGUCACCCUGAUGUCGCUUUACAAACUUUUCGAUCCAUCGAGAUUGGUUGCAAGCAGCAAGAAAGUUUUCCUCCCCGUGAACAAGAAAGAACCAGAACAACUUCGUACAGUAACUACUCUGAAUGUUUGUGCUUGCGCUUACCGGUUAGUAGAAAUAAACAAAAAAAAACCGUGGCUUUUGCUUCGACGUCCAAAU